AUGCAGCUGCUGUGUGGAUGCUGACUGACUAGUUGUCUCCCUGACUAGUUGUCUCCCUGACUAGUUGUCUCCCUGACUAGUUGUCUCCCUGACGGACACCAGAGGUGGACUUCCAGGCAGGAGCAGCAUUUGGGAACAAUCCCUGGAAUUGAUCUCCUUUUUUGUGCCUGGAGAAGCUGGGGUUUUUUUUUCUUUCUUCUGGAAAAGCAGGCUGGAUUGUCUCCUUGCAUACUAAUCAGCUUUUAUUAGGGGACACUCGGAGGAGCCCGCGGCCCCCCAAUGAAUGUGUAGCCGAGCCAUGCACUGCAGAAGAGAAGGGUCGAGACGGCGGCCCGGCGGGAUGUCUUGGCGCUCAGGCCUUUGCAGAUGGUGGCGGCCGCUCAUCGCUCUGGUCCUGCUUCAGUCCUCCGCUGUCUUCGGUGCGCUGGAGCUGCAGCUGGACGAGGAGCAGCCAGCGGGGACCAUCGUCGGGGACAUUAGUGCCGGGUUGCCGCCCGGUGAGACAGCCAGUCUUUAUUUCAUCUCGGACCACGAGGGAAAAGGUGUGGGGAGUGAUCUCAACAUCGAUGAGACCACAGGUAUCAUAACCACGGCGCGACGCUUAGACCGCGAGCAGAGGGACCACUACAGUUUCAUUGCCGUGACCAUGACGGGUGUCACCAUCGAGGUGUCAAUCACCAUCAAUGACAUCAACGACCACGAGCCCACGUUCCCUAAAAAGAAAGCUGUGCUCAAAAUCCCAGAGCACACGGCAGAGGGGACGCGGUUUUCCUUGGAGCCAGCGACCGACGCGGACAAGGACCAGCUGACCACGCAAGGCUACAGUAUUCGAGAGGGUAAUGUGGGACAGGUGUUCCGCCUGGAGACAAAGAGAGCUGCCAACAAGGUGCUUUAUCUGGACUUGGUUGUCAGCGGACUGCUGGACAGGGAGAAACGCUCGUCGUACCUUUUAGUCUUGGAGGCCUUUGAUGGGGGCUCUCCCAGGAGGGUGGGGUCCAUGAACCUGGAAGUGGCUGUGACUGACAUAAACGACCAUGCGCCGGUCUUCAACCAGAGCAGAUACCAUGCCAUCAUUUCAGAAAGCCUCCCACAGGGAAGCAGCAUCCUGCAGGUGUUUGCAGCAGAUGAGGACGAAGGAGACAAUGGUCUGGUGCUUUAUGAGAUCAACCGGCGUCAGAGUGAUCCUGACCGCUACUUCGUCAUGGACCUCAAGUCUGGAGUCAUCACCCUGAACAGACCACUGGACUAUGAGCUGAAACGAGUGCAUGAACUAGUUGUCCAGGCCAGGGACAACGCCAGCCAGCCAGAGGUGACCAACGCUUUUGUCACAAUCCAUGUGCGGGACUACAACGACAACCAGCCCACCAUGACCAUCAUCUUUCUCAGUGAAGAUGGCUCUCCGAGAAUCUCCGAGGGGGCCCAGCCGGGUCAGUACGUGGCCCGCAUAUCCGUCACCGACCCCGACUAUGGAGAGUACGCCAACGUCAACGUCUCCCUGGAGGGGGGCGAUGGAAAGUUUGCGCUUACAACAAAGGACAGCAUCAUCUACCUGAUUUAUGUGGACCAGGUGUUGGACAGGGAGGAGAGAGAUUCUUAUGACCUCAGGGUGAUGGCCACAGACUCUGGCACGCCCCCCCUCAGGGCGGAGUCGUCUUUCACCAUCCAGGUGACGGACGUGAACGACAACCCCCCUCUGUUUGACCAGCAGGCCUACAAACAGACCAUCCCAGAGGUCGUCUAUCCAGGCUCGUUUGUUCUUCAGGUUACUGCCCGUGACAAAGACCAGGGCCCCAACGGGGAAAUUAGAUACAGCCUCCUGAAGGGGAAAAACUCUCACUCCAACUGGUUCUCCAUUGACCCGGUCACGGGGAUCAUUACCACGGCGACGGCCUUGGAUUUUGAAUCAGAGCCUGCGCCCAGCGUAACCGUGGUCGCAAUGGACAGUGGACGGCCGCCGCUGUCCUCUACGGCUCAAGUGGACAUCGUGCUACAGGACGCUAACGACAACACACCUGUGUUCUCCAGGAGCUUCUACAAUGCCUCCGUCAAGGAGAACACGCCAGCCGGGACCUGCUUCCUGGAGGUUUCUGCCACGGAUGAUGACCGCGGGUCCUUCGGCGCCGUGACCUACGCGCUGACUUCCGGCUCCUCCCACUUCACCAUCAACAAGGAGACCGGGCACCUGUGCACCAGCACCAGUCUGGACCGCGACGAGGGACUGGAGAGGUUUGACUUGAUCGUCACGGCAACAGACGGGGGGGGCCUGAGCUCGGUGGCCCGAGUCAGGGUGUCGCUGGCGGACAUCAAUGACAACCGGCCCUCCUUCUACCCGCUCGUCUACGCGGUGAGCCUCAGCGCCCACAGCUCCCCCGGCACCUCCGUUGUCAAGGUAACAGCCAACGACCCGGACGCCGGGGAGAACGGCCGGGUGACGUACCGCACGGUGGCCGGGGGCGGUUCGGCCUUCUUCACCCUCAACAAGGACACAGGCGUCAUAUCGCUCUCGCGCUCGCUCCACGGCAAGGCCAAUUCCGUCAUCUCCAUGGUGAUAUCGGCCGAGGACGGCGGAGGUCUGACGGCGCCGGUCAACGCCAGGGUGAACGUGAGCGUGGUGGGGGGCUCGGUGUCGUCUCCCGUGUUCGAGCAGGCGCAGUAUUUCUUCACCGUCUCCGAGGACGUCCUCAGGGGGACGGCGGUCGGCGUGGUCCGCGCCGCGACAAAGACAGCUGCUUCAAAGGAAGUCUUCUACUCCGUCUCCUCCGGAGAUCCCGACGGUUACUUCACGGUGGACAGUACAUCUGGGACCAUCCGCACCGCUCUUCCACUGGACCACGAGACCUGCUCCGGACUUGAUCUAGAGAUCCAGGCACGGUCCGGGUCCCCUCCUGCUUUUGGGAGCAGUCGUGUUCGCAUAACCAUCUCUGACGUCAACGACAACGCCCCCGCCUUCCUUCCGUCUUCGUCCGAGUCUCUCCUUCUGCCUGAGAUCACCAAGAUGGGGGCCAUUAUCUACCGCAUUCAGGCCUCAGACAAGGACUCUGGUCAUAACGGCCAGCUCAGCUUCGACCUGGUGUCCGCCGGGGUGGCGGGCAGCAGCGGCCAGAGGACGUUUGGCGUGGAUCGAGGCAGCGGGGAUGUGCGACUGAUCGGGGGUCUGUCGUAUGAGAGUGUCCCUCGCUAUGACCUUCAGGUGGUGGCCAAGGAUGGAGGAGCACCUCAGCUGAGCUCCACCUUCACCCUGGUGGUCCACAUCCAGGCACAGGAUGCACAAGGUCCCCACUUUGACACCCUGACGUACCGCGUGGAGCUCAGAGAGAACGCCCCUCUCAACACGCGCUUCCUUCAGGUGCGAGCGCUGAACCGAGAAGCCUCAGGGAACGAGGGAAGCGCUUCCUCCUCCUCCUCGUCCAUGUCCUACCGCCUCAGGCCCGACGGCGACGCCGCGGGCUUUGGCAUCGUACCGGAUAGCGGUUGGCUGUUUGUGCGGAGCUCCUUGGACCGCGAGGUCAAGGACAUGUACCUGCUGACAGUCCUGGCCACCUCGGGUCAAGGAGGGAGAACCGGAAGCGCCACAGUCAGAGUGACGGUGACGGACGAGAACGACAACUCCCCCAGGCUCAGCCAGGACAGGGUCUUCCUGGCGGUCCGGGAGAACCUACUCGCGGGGACGGGCUUCGGCAGGGUUUCUGCGACGGAUCGAGAUGCGGGGCCCAACGCUCGACUCUCCUACCGGCUGCUGCACGCCGACAGACACUUCCAGGUCAACUCCCAGACAGGGGAGGUCAGUACUCGCCUGGUACUGGACAGAGAGCAGCAGUCCAGCUACCAGCUGGUGGUGGUGGUGCAGGACGGAGGAACGCCUCCACGCAGCGCCACCGGCACCGCGCACAUCACCGUGCUGGACCACAACGACCACGCCCCGACCUUCUCGCACGCCCGGCCGGACAGGGAGCUCAUCUUCCAGGUGAAGGAGGGGCUCGCGUCUGGGACCGCCCUGGGAACGGUGUCGGCUAAAGACCCCGACGAGGGGGAGAACGGCACCGUCUACUACUCCCUAUCGGGCUCCCGAGCAGAGCGCUUCAGCCUGAACCCGGCCAGCGGGGAGCUGCGCACGGCGUCGACCCUGAGAUGGGCGGAGCGGGCCGAGUACGCCCUGACCGUGACCGCCGCCGACCACGGAGCGCCCGGCCUCAGCUCCACCUGCCAGCUGCGCAUACAAGUUCUGAGCUCCUCCAAGUCCAGCCCCCCACCCAACGUGCUCUCCAUGACCCUGAACACGGUGGAAGGCGCUCCCCCGGGCUCCGUCAUCGGCUCGGUGCGUUCCCACGAAGCCGCCGCGCUGGAAGGCCAGGCCACGUACCUGGUGGUCGGCGGCACGGACCGGGACGGAACCUUCAUGGUGGACCGACUGAAGGGCGACGUGUACUUGGCGCAGGAACUGGACUACGAGAAGGGCUCGAGCUACACGCUACACGUGGAGGUGUCGGACUUCUCCCGGGCGUAUCCCAGCAGCCACCUGGUCAAGCUGACUAUCCACGUGCAGGACCGCAAUGACCACUCGCCGCAGUUCACGGAGGACCCGGUCACCAUCGUGGUCCCCGAGAACCUCCAUCCAGGCUCCUCCAUACACAGCUUCCGGGCCGUGGACCAGGACGGUAGCGGACCCAACAGCGAGCUGCGGUACUCCGUGGAACACCACUGGCCGGUCAACGCCGACCUGCUGAAAGUGGACCCCGUCAGCGGAGUCCUGACUUUGGGGCAGAAGCUGGACCGCGAGUCCACGCCCUCGGUCUACCUGCUGGUGCGGGCCACGGACCAGGCAGCAGAUCCUUCCCACAGACGCUGGAGUUCGGUCACCGCCCGGGUCUUCGUCACCGACGAAAACGACAACGCCCCCGCCUUCAGCUCGCCGUCCGCGGUCAGCGUGAUGGAGGACCAACCUGUCGGCUUCGUCAUUUUGUACGUCAUGGCCCGGGACGCCGACGAAGGAGAAAACGGCCGGGUGUCUUACAGAAUCCAGGAGGGAAACGGCGCCGGCCGCUUCAGCCUGAACCCGAACACAGGCUCUUUGUCCGUUCUGAAAGCCCUGGACCGAGAGGAGCAGGAAGUCUACAAUCUGACCGUCAUUGCGGAGGAUCACGGCGUGCCCGCGCUCUCCGCCGCCCAGGUGCUUUCCGUGCAGGUGAUCGACGUGAACGACGAGGCUCCCGUGUUCCAGAAGGCUGAGUUCGAGGCCCACGUGUUGGAGAACCAAGGGCCGGGCACCACGGUGCUGACAGUGGUUGCCACGGACAGAGAUCAAGGUUCUAAUGGUCAUGUGACCUUUGGGGGGGUGACAGAAGAAGGUUUUGUCAUCAAUCCUUCAACCGGUGUGAUCACCACCACCAAGGAACUUGACAGAGAGCUUCGCGAUCACUACAUACUCACUGUCUACGCCCGCGACGGAGGCUUACCUCCUACCUUUGCCAAGGUGGUGGUCCGAGUGGAAGUGCAGGAUGUGAAUGACAACACGCCAGUCUUUGCCAAGCCGUGGUACGGACUGGAGGUGCCGGAGAACCAGGCCCCCGUAGAGCUCUGUUUCCUCAAGGCCACAGACCCAGAUUCUGGUCCCGGCGGAGAGCUGGAGUACAGGAUCACUGCUGGAGAUCCAGAUGGGGAUUUCCAGAUCCAUGCCAGCACGGGAGCCCUGUCCACCUCACGAGGGCUGGACAGGGAGACCAGGGCGGAGUACACCCUAGAAGUGGUGGCGGCAGACCGAGGAAGCCCGUCUCUCAGCACUGUGGUCACCGUGGAGGUCAGAGUGAUGGAUGUUAACGACAACAGCCCUGUUUUUGGCAGAAGUAGCUACACUGCAGACGUGUCGGAGGAUUCCCUGCAAGGAUCGCAAGUCCUGACGGUCUCAGCAACAGACCUCGACGAUGACUUGAACGGGAAAGUUCUGUAUUUCCUCAGCCAGGAGGCUCACGGGGCGUUCACCGUGGAUGAGCACACCGGUCGCAUCGCCACAUCCGCACCUCUGGACCGUGAAAGACAGGCGUCAUACAGCUUCCAGGUCCUCGCUGUUGAUCUAUCACCAGCGACACCCAGAAACACCUCUGCUCAGGUGACAAUCACCAUCACCGAUGUAAACGACAACACGCCGCUCUUCAUUCAGGAUCCGCUGAUCAUCGAAGCGUCCAGCAGGCGGUCCCAGCGAGUUCUGGCCACAAUGAAGGCAGAGGACAAGGAUUUUGGUGCCAACGGCUCUGUGUUUUAUCGUUUUGCCGCGCCGGUGAAAGGCUUCAGCAUCAACUCGCUGACGGGGCAGAUCCAAGCAUCAGAGCCGCUGGAGACACUGUCCCAGGCCCAGAGGACACUCAUUGUGGAGGCCAUGGACCAAGGCACACCUGCGCAGUCGGCUCAGGGUGUGGUGGUGAUCUAUGUGAAGGAGGUCAAGUACAGCGGCAUCCGAUUUUCCAGGAAUGCCCGAGACGUCAGCAUACAGGAAAACGCUGCUAAAGGCACAACUGUGGCUCAGGCUCAGGCUCAGUAUCCGGACGGAACACACAAUGGGAUCAGCUACAGCAUCUUCAGCGGAAACAAACAGCAAGCCUUCAGUAUCAGCUCGUCCACAGGUGAGAUCUGGGUGCAGAGCUCCAAAGGGCUGGACUUUGAGGAUUCACCCAGGCUCCGUAUCGUUGUCAAAGCGGAAACGAUGUCCUCCACUUCAUUCCUGGGCAUAAACCUAAUGUUGCAGGACGUCAACGACAAUCUCCCACGCUUCCAGCUGCAGAAUUACGUGGCUUACAUGAGGGAGGCGGAGGGAUACGAGAUGCCGAUCAUACAGGUGGUGGCUGAGGAUGUGGAUCAAGGCCAGAAUGGUCAGGUGACCUACUCCAUCCAAUCGUCAGAAAUGAGCGGCCUGUUCAAGAUUGACCCCAUGACAGGAAGCGUCACCACGGCUGCGAUUAUGGACCGCGAGAUCUUUACCCAGACCAGGCUCGUACUGACCGCGACUGACCGAGGAAGUCCAAGACUGGCAGGUUCCGCCACACUGACGGUCAUCAUUGUUGACCAGAAUGACAACAGUCCCACUAUUCCCUUGCCACAAGAAAUACGCAUCUCAGAGAACACAUUGAUAGGCACAGAGAUCACCCUGGUGACAGGUAACGACGUGGACUCCGGCCCCACCCUGUCCUACUCGCUGCACCUGGACCCGGCCGCCUCUGGCAAGUUUGGGAUCCAUCGUUUUAGCGGCGGGGUUUCCCUCACCGCCCCGCUGGACUUUGAGGAGAAGACGUGGUACACGGUGACCGUCAGAGCCACGGACAGCAAGCAUCAGACGGAGGCCAACAUCACCAUCGUGGUGGAGGACGUCAAUGACAACGCACCCACGUUCACCCAAGACCUGUAUCAGGUGACCCUACCUGAGCACACGCCAGCAGGAAGCGUGGUCGUCACGGUAACAGCCACCGACGGGGACUCUGGCGAGAACGGGAGGAUCUCCUACAGCGUGAUGUCGUCCACCCAGGAGGGCUUCUACGUUGACCCCAACAAUGGAACGUUAUUCGUGGACCACAGAGUCGAGUUCGACCCGGAACGCCUUUCGGUCAACGUUGUCAUCGAAGCCCGCGAUGGGGGGUCACCCUCGCUGACCGCCCUCACCACGGUUCAGGUCCAGAUCGCUGACGUCAACGACAACGCGCCCGUUUUCCACCAAUCAGAAUACAGGGCGACGGUUCCAGAGGACAUCAUUCCAGGUUCCACAGUCCUGACCUUCGAGGCCUUCGACAGUGACCUUUCCCGAGAAAAUUGCGGCUUCGACUUUGCCAUCGCUAGCGGGAACGAAGGCAACGCCUUUCAGAUCGAGAGCAGCGUGCGCUUCCUGGAGGGGCGGGGCUUCCAGACCGUCGGCACGCUGCUGUUGGCCGAGCGCGUGGAUUUCGAAAGCAAGCCGCUGUACAACCUCACCGUGGUCGUGUCGGACCGCGGCGUUCCCCAGAAGAGCUCCAGCGUGGCGGCCGUCAUCGCCAUCGGCGACGUGAACGAUAACCCUCCGGCGUUCGGCAGAGCGGAGUACACGGUGUCGCUGAGCGAGGGAGCGGCGGCUGGCACUGAGAUCAUCCGACUGACGGCCACAGAUCCAGACUCCGCCCCCAACGCAGAGGUCCAGUACACCAUCAGCUCCGGGGAUGAGAUCAACUUAUUUGCUGUGGACCAAUGGACCGGAGCCUUGCGUCUUCAGCAGGCAUUGGACCGUGAGCACCAGCCCGCCCACACCGUCAUCAUCCAGGCCACAGAUGGACUCGGACACUUUGCGCUGGUUCCGGUCAUCGUUGAGGUGAAAGACAUCAACGACAACCAUCCUUUCUUCCCCGUGGAAGUCCUGACGGCGAGCAUCAGGGAGAACCAACCCGCCAACUCUGCCGUGACAGUCCUUCACGCCAUCGACCACGACACUGGGGUCUUCGGACAACUAAAAUACUUCAUGAUGGAGCACUUUGUGGCCGGAAAGGACUUCUCUGUGGACGCCAACACUGGAGAAAUCAGGAGCAAGAAUCCUUUUGACUUUGAGAGGAUAGAUUCCUUUAACUUUGUGGCCUUGGCGGUCGAUGCAGGGAACCACUCGGCCACUGUGACCGUGCAGGUGUUUGUGACAGGCGAGGACGAGUAUGACCCGCUCUUCACGUCCUCAGAUUUCUCCUUUAAGGUCCCGGAGGACGCCAGGAAAGGUCAGAGCAUCGGCCAAGUGGCGGCCCGUGACGAGGACGGAGGAGUGGACGGUAUCGUGCUCUACUCUUUCCCUACCAACUCUCCCUACUUUGAGGUGAACAAAACCACUGGGAUUAUAUUCCUCAAGAUGGACAGCUCAGGCCGCAGUGGCGGCGGGUCGGGUCAAACGACAACGGAACCCAGACUGAUGACUUUGGAUGUGCGAGCUCACAGUCCUCUGGAAACUUCUCGCACCGCAACAGCACAGAUCGCCAUUGAUGUCACCAACACCAGCUUCGGCCUGGCUCCUGAUGUCAACGUACUAUUGAUCAUCAUUAUCGCCGUGUCCCUGGGCGUCAUCGUCCUGCUGGUAGUCAUGGCGGUGGUGGUCUUCCUAGUCAAGUCACGCAAGAGGAAGAAAGACCAGAACGCCGGAAACAGAACCCUUGCCUCAGGGACUGCCCUAAAGAGCAUAGACAACUGCAGCUCCGGGCAAGGAGGGGAGAGAAUCUACCACCAGGCCCUGCCAGGCUACGUUGGAGACCAGGGUGGUGGAGGCGGGGGUACAUACACACGAGGCGGCUCUCUGGAUCCAUCUCACUCCAGUGGAAGAGGGUCUGCCGAGGCCGCCGAGGAUGACGAAAUCAGGAUGAUUAAUGAGUACCCCCGUGUGGCCUCCAUCACCUCCUCCAUGCAGGAGCACAUCUCCGCCAGAGGACCCGAUUCUGGCAUCCAGCAGGAUGCUGACCAGCUCUCUGACGUCUCCUGUGAGCCAGCAGCCUUGGAAGGUAGCACAUGGUUCAAAGGCAAAAAGCUGGGCGGCAGCCUAAGCGGGACCUUGCUCUCCGGGCAGCUGCCAGUCUACAGAGACGAGGGCGGCGGCUACUUGGGUGUUGGCCGGGGCCUGAACAUCUCCCUCCCCAAAGACUACGCCUUCCCUGAGGAUGGAAAACCGGCAGUGGACGGCUCCCUGACCGCCAUUGUCGCCAGCGACGAGGAGCUUCGCGGAAGCUACAACUGGGACUACUUGCUCAACUGGUGCCCUCAGUUUCAGCCUCUGGCCAACGUCUUCACGGAGAUCGCGCGGCUGAAAGACGAGACCGCCCAGCAGAGCCAGAGCUUGCGCCAGCCUUUCCAACCCAAGCCUAAAAUGGACCCCAAACCCAGAAUCGAUCCACCGCCUCUCAUCACGUCGGUCGCCCACCCGGGGGCCAUGUCGGUCCCACCAAAAGUCCCUGUGAUGGGACGGACAUUCCCCCAUUUGACCUCGCUCCGACGGUCCCCUAUAAGUCACGAGGGGUCCAUCUCCUCAGCGGCCAUGUCCCCCAGCUUCUCGCCGUCGUUGUCUCCACUGGCGGCACGCUCGCCAGCUGUUUCUCCCUUCGGAGUCAACCAAGGACCCUCGGCGUCCAUGAUCAGCACCCGGGAGCCGUCACUGGACCGGAGUCCUGAUCAUGAGAUGAGAAUAUGAAGGAAGUGUUUCAAACAAGCAAAGCACGACGGGACAUUUCGACAUUUUGUUUUCGUAGUGAAGGGCAAACACGAAACCUGACUUUCCCCUCCUUGGUGGACUGACCAGGGACUGGUGUCCAUGUUCUGGCUGGCCAGAGAGACUUGUCUCGGUGUCCGUGGACAUUCUUCACCUUUCAGAUCGUUUGACGUGCCAAGGUGGGCCAGACUUGGAGAGUACUCAUUUUAUUAUUUUGAUAUACUGUAUUCGGAAAGACGGCGGACAUUUGCAAGCACGUACAUGAGUACGAAGACUUUUGACGUACGCCGUCCUGGGACUUGUGUGUUUUCUUAGCAUUAUUUAUACGGACAGAAGAGAUGCUGUGGUGUUUUUGUAUCGGAUCAUUUUUUUGGGUCAAGUUGCCGAUCAGACCUGUGACCGGGACUGUGGACGGCUGCCCGGCCGGCGGAUCACCUCUGUGUCUUCACAAAGAAAGUGCUUCCUGAAGUCGAGUCCGCACGAGGCUAACAUACAGAACCACAAAACUCGUGCUUGGCAGGGAGUAAAAAAGAAAAAAAAGCCGGAUGCGAAAAAGUGAGCCUAGGCUAGUGAUCCGCUCCUCAGGAUCUAGUCCUCUCUGCGAGCCGGCGACUUGAUUUAAGGGCGUCAGGCGCAAAGGAACAAAAGAGCUGUACACGUAUUUAAAGCAAAUAAUAAAUUCCCCACUGAUCCCUUUCGACAAA